CUAAUUUUGGAGAUUAUAAACAAGUUAAAUUUAACUUCCGGGUAAUUUUGGCUAUCGAGGAUUUGUAAUUUAUUUAAGAACACGCGUUCAGUAACCUACAUGUUCACUACGAGACGAUAUUUUAUUAUGAUGAUCAGGGUACACUGAUAGGAUGCUGGCUGGUUUUGAGACGCCCCUCUCUGUGGCAGUGGCCUCGGUUGUGGUGGUUGUGGUGCUGGUCGUGAUACUGGCUCAGUGUGUCUGUGGGAAAAAAAAAGAAGUUUCAAUCCCAAAUGAGACUGCAGCUAGCCCAAACCCUGAGCAGGAUGUUACACUGGCCAGUCCAGACCAAGUCAAGGCGACCCUGAACGGACAGACGGCAGUUGGGCUGGACCCGGAAAUGGGAAUUACGCCUCUAUCUUCCUCUGUCGGCUCCCAGAACAGCAAUGUGCACAGUCGCGGAAACUCUCUUGACCUGACGAAGGUAGACAGACGUAGUGGGGCCAGUACCGGGUCCUCUCCUAGACCAGCCACAAGUAGAGAACUCCCGGAUAUUCCCAUGUCCAACGGUCACAAGUCCCUAACCCAGCCUGCUGAGAGGCACAUACAACAGGCUGACAGGGGACAUCACUCAUACCUACCAGAGGUACCUCCUUCAGGGAAAUCUUCUACAUCCACACUGGAGAGCUUUCCAAGGCCUGGAACUCACUCCCAUACCCAAUUACCAGAAAUUCCUGCAAAUGGUUCAUCAAACAAGUCUCCUGACAUGUCUAGUUUAAGGACUUCACCUAGAAACCCGAGAGCUAUUCUUUCUGUUGACAGUGUUGUUCCCAUAAGGCAGAAACAAUUGAAAGAAAAUGAGAAGUCUGGGGGUAAUGAUGACUAUGAUCAUUUAGAGGAAUCAGGGAAGAAAAAAGUCCGACCAAGGUCAGAUUAUGACCAUGUAGUGCUAGAAAAUGGCAAAGAACAUAUCAAGCAUGCAAAGGGUAAAUUUAAUGAGAAUGAUUAUGCUGAAGUUAAAGCAGAUGACUAUGAAACAGUGCCGAGCAAAGUGUCAGUGAUAUCAAUAUCAAUACAUUCUACCUCACAGGAUAAAAGUCCAAAAAAAUCUCAACCAAAUUCAUCAUCCCAUUCACCCGCUCAGAAAACAGAUAGCUACGAUGAUCCAUAUAACAAAAUCAAAGAAACAGAUCCACCGUACAACAAAAUCAAAGACAAUGGCACUGGUUCAGCUGCAAAAGGGGAUGAUCCCCCAUAUAACAAAAUCAAAGAUUAUCCUUACAAUAAAAUUAAAGUCUCACUAGGAGAUGAUCCGUACAAUACUGUCAAAGAGGAAGAUGAUCUUGAUCCAUACAAUGAUAUCUUGGAUGAAACUGGUAACCCAAGGUCAGCAGGACGGCAGAAGAAAUCUCAGAAUAAUAGUUUUAAAGGAGCAGUCUUUGAUCCAUACAAUACUGUUACAAUUGAUGAAGAGAGAAAUGUUUCCAAUCAGACUGAUCCAUAUGCAAGAGUAGGGGACACUGAGAUAGACGAUCCAUACAACAAAGUGUUGGAUGAUGGCGUAGGCGCUGCUGAGGGUGAAGUUUGUCCUGAAUAUGGUGAAGAUGACUACGCAACUGUGAAUAAACUAGAAGAAGUGGAAUAUGCAAAGGUUAACAAACCAACUGCGCAGGGAAGAAAUACAGACCCUGCAAAACCAGGUCCCAUUGGUGCCACUGCAAGCUCACAAGUUUCAAAUCCUGUACCACCAAAGUUACCUCCUUUUACUGCUAGAGAAGAUUUACCGAGUAAUCAGUACUCUACUGUUAAGAAAGUCAGAAAUAUUAGCACCAUAUCGGUAGGCUCAGGAGCUGGCAGUUCAAAUACUGGUAGAAACUCUGGUGCGGCAACCUCUGGAACUGAUAGUGCAAGGAAUGCGAAUUUAGGUCAAGGUCAUGGUAAUGUUGUUCAAGGACACAUAGUUACAACUCAAGGGGCUUCACCUUCUGGGCAAAAUCCUGUUUCUAGAGGGCGUGAACAUGAUUUUGGCAUUCAAAAUCAAACAUCACACCCUGUUAGCCUUAUAAGUUCAGCCCAAGGUCUAAGUUCAAGAACAAGUGAAGGUCAAGGCCAGACCUCCAGGGACCAAAAUAAUGAGCCUACAGUACCUCCUGAGCCCCCAAGGGACUAUGAUGACAGUGAGAACGGAGAUGGGUCAUUGGAAAGUGACCAUUACAACACCUUGGCUCUCACUAGACAGGGAUCUACUUCAGACAGUGGAAGUCAGAUUGGUCAGAAGAAAGAGCCGCCAUACAACAAGCUGAGUGUACGCGAGUCGCUGGCCAGUAUGAAUGAGAGGGCUGCCAGGAACACGUACGAGUAUGUCUCCGAGGUUGACAACCUGUAUGCCACUGUUGAUGGAAGUUCAGGAGAUGGGGUUGUGAAGCCCAAGCCAGGAACCAGUAGCCAGGGGCCUCAGACAGGGGAACAUUACUCUGAGAUUGAUGCCCCCGCUCCGCCUUCGCUUGACAGCUUGCACGAAACGGCAAAACAUGAACAUCGCAGAAAAACCGAUUACUACAACCUGGACAAAAACUCACCAAACAAAGGUCAAGGUCCUACCCCUGGUCAAGGUCAUACAAGGACUCCAUCCAGUGAUAUGACUACUUCAGUGGAGAGUAGGGUCAUGAGCUCUAGUUUUGAAGGUCAUUCCAUGAACUCUUCAUUUGAAGGUCGGGUUCCUAUAGCAACCCAAGAAAGUGAUGACCUAGAUUUUGACCCGAACUACCAGUCUGUUAGUGAUGAUAAGAUAUCAGAUGUGGCCUCGGAAUUUGAUCCAAAUUAUGAAACAGUCGAGGAGGCAAGAUCAAGGGUAAAGUAUGAAGAGAUCAAUGGCGCAAGGCCAAAGAAGCCUAGCAGACCACACAUUUAUGAAGUACCAGAUGACAAAAGAAAGUAUGAAGUAGUUAAUGAAAGAGAAACGGUAACAAAAGAUGGUAAAACUCGAGCUCAUGUUUACGAAGAAGUUCGUGAACCGAGUGAAGCGGGAAGACUUAAACACAAAGUGCUGAGUCAGCACACUUAUGAGGAAGUCCCGGAAGUGCCAGAGGUCAAAGCUCAAGGUCAUUCGGGUAAGAAAAGGGCGGGUAAAGGGGCUGAAGUUCAAAGUUUGGUAGAAGGACAAAAGAAAAAGAAAGGUCAUGAACGGAGUGGUUCAGGAGACUUGUUUUCAUUUGCAAAACGAAAAUCUGGUGAUAACGAUAAUAAACAGAAAGACAAAGAGAGUAAGAAAAAGUUGGAUGGGAAAGAUGGCCAUAAGAAGUAGUUUAAUGGAAGGGAAUGUUGAAAAAAUUAUUUUAUUGGAAGUAUUUUUAUAUCCUCGGCUAAAAAAUCUUGCAACAUUGCAUUUAAAUAUCCAUAUUUCAUUAGUAACAUGCGCAAUAAUGGGAAUAUGUAAACUCUGACCUUCUCUAAUUUGUAUACACAAUACUUUUAAUUCAUCAUUUUAAGAUCAAAAACAUAUUUAAUAUGGGUAGGAGUUUCGUGUUUAAGGUCACAAUUAUUUUUUCGCCAUAUAAAAAUAGCAAAGCCGAAUUUGAUGGAUUAAAUGAUUUUGUUGUGAGGUUAUAUAGAAAUUUUAUUUUAUUUGACAUAUGUUUGAUCAUGUUAAUAUCGAACCUUACCACUAGAUAAAAUUUUAACACUUGGUUUAAAGACAAAUAAAAUGCAUUUUUUUUACAUGGUUAUUUACCAGUUGACAGAGUUUGUUUUACAAUGGCCUUGAAUAUGUGUAAAAAAAAAAUUAAUAACCCUUAUAUUUUGUGGUUCAAUGUACAAAUUCCAACUAAUACUGGCGGACAUUGACGUCAUUCAUUGACAGCAAGAAUGCACUGCUGGGUUUAAAAAGAGAUGUGGGUAAUCUCAUCCUGGCUCUUGUAAUAGUUUGCUCCAGCUAGCUUAUAAUAGUACCCUGCUGCCUUUUUAAAAAAGUACACAGAGUCAAUUUUCAGAAAUAAAAUUUAUAAAUAUACACAGUUUUGACACUUAAGUAAAGAUAGCAGCUUAGGUAUUCAUAAUAAACUAUAAUUAUUGAAAAAUGAACAUUGGCCCUUGCAAGUGCCCCAUUAAGGCUCAUUAUACGCACAUGAAAACUGCCCCUUCUCACCUGGCACCCAACCUUUUCAAAUCCUGGCUGUAGAUCUUAGACUGAUUCUAUGUAUUCUGUCUUAAUCCUAAACUGCUUAAUAAGGUUCACUAAUUUAUAUUCUUGAAUUCCUGUUACCAAUUCUUCAAUACAUUUUCUUGUACAUAAUUGUCUUAAGGACAUUUCAUUAAAGAUACUCACUCAUAUUUUUGUAAAAUGUAGCAAAUCAUACGGAGUGUUCAAAAUAAGAUACAAAAAACUGGAACCCUUCAGCAUAUGUUGAUAUUUGAUCAAAUAUCUUCUUUGAACAAAUUUCAUAAGCGUUAAUAAUCACUUGAUGUUAUCAAUAUAUUGUUAAGAGGUAAAAACACAAUCGCAAUUGUUUAAGUCCAGGUGGUGUUGUGGUUUUAGGCAUGGGUUUUCUCAUUAUUUCUUGUUUUUACCUGUGGGUUUGCACUCCACUAAAUCCAAAGUUCUUUUUUAUACGUAUCUGUAUUUUUUUCUGCAAUUUCGAUAUCAUAGAGUAAUAUAAAGAUAAAAUAAAUGUUUUCAGAUGCAUUACCGGGAAAACUAAGCGUUGGUAAAAAGCAUGAACGGGUACAUUUAAGAUAUUUUUAGCUUCCCUGUUUUGGAUUGAUUUCAAUGCUGUGCAAUAAAAGUCAGCAGCCAUUUGUAUAAAAUGGUUAUUCUUUUGGUUUGGUAUAUAUAAGUUUUUUGAUUGGUCAAUAUUUAUCCAAAAGUUGCCGUUAACCAAUCAAAUACAUGAAAUUGAAAAUGGCAGACCAAUCUUAGAACAUGACUCAUGAGCACAACUUAAUAACCAUAAAAGUUUCUAUUCACUUUUUGAGUUAGAAAAUUUUAAUAAGUUGUACAUUCUAUCUUUAGGCUUGUUUUUCAUUGAAUUAUUUUGUGGGUAAAUAAAACUUAUUUGAUAAAUAUAAUAUUGACAAAUUACUUGACAUUUCAGCUAACUUUGACCAAUCCAAACAUUUAACUAGUUUUAAACAAUUGAAAUGCAAUGUCAUUUUCUAAACUCAGUUAGUUUUAAUUUAGGACACUUUUAGCCUUCUUCUUUCACAUUUGCUAGUAUAAAUGGUUACAUUAAUAUCAUAGUAGAAUGUCAAUAUCAUGCGAGUGGAAAUCCAUUCUGCUAAUAUUAUAAUGAAUUUAUAAAGUUGAUAAAGUUGGUUCCAUUUCAAGCUGUUUUGUAGAAGGACUAAAUAUUUGUGUGCAAAAUUAAAUAAUAAUUUGAUAAUCAAAUAAUGCACCAGUCAGUUGUAGCCACCGCCCCCAUUGGUCCAGCCAAUCCCAUAGCAUAUGGCCAUAGUUACAAUUGACUGGUGCGCAAAAAAAAUGCAGCAUAGCGAAACGACCAAUAAUCAUGUUUACCAUAAUAUGUAGAAAGUAAAAGAAAGACAACUCAAUUUGGGGGUGGCUGUAGUUACAAUUGACUGGUGCAUAAGAAAAAUGCAGCAUAGCGAAACAACCAAUAAUCAUUUUAUCAUGUUUGCUAUAUGUAGUAAGUGAAAGAAAGACAACUCAAAUUGUUAAUGUCUUUUUACUAUGUUCAAAUAGCCCUUGUUGUCUUUUAAUAGACAUCUUGUAUGAUUACAUUCCAAAACACCAAGAGUACAUUUUAAAGGUUGUAUUGUAAAAUAAUCAAUAUAUAAAUUUGUAACAUUUGAAGAUAUAUCCAAUAGACAAAUAUGUGAAUGGUGGAUGCCUGGUGUUACCUGUUUAUUGUUUUGGUAUCGAAUAUAUAGGAAUAUUGUAUCCUGUGCCCCAUUUAUCCCAUAUAUAGGUUCACCUACUAACCCUGUAAUGUAUAUAUAUAUAUAUAUAUAUAUAUCAUGUCCACCUGUUUCCAUUUAUGAAUUUAUGUGCAAUGUUUUGUUUCUUCAUCGGGAAGAUAGACACCAUUUUGGUACGAUAUCAAGAUCAGUAACCCAAAAUGUAAAAAAUAUGGGGUCACAGUCAGGUGUAACCAGUCCUUGACCGAUGGCAUUGCGUCAUUCAGGUUGGUGGUGUGAUAUACAAUGAUAUCGUAGUGUUUUUGUUUUUAUUUAUUAUUGUCUUUAAAGUGUUGUGCAAUGUGGAUCUGAUCUUAUUUAAAAACAGCUGUACUUAUAUCAUGUGAGUCGUAUUUAUGCCUUCUACGUAACAUUUAUCUAUAUGUACCGUACAUUAUUCGUACCAAUAUUUUGUAAGCCAUAUUAUUGAAUGUACCUUUGAAUGUAUGUCAUUAUGUUCGUUUGAUAAUAAUUUUGCUGUUAUUUUCAGCUUUGAACUGAUAUAAUUAUUUUUAGUUUAUAUUCUGUAUGAUUAUUUUCUUCAUUUAAAGCUGCACUCUCACAGAUUUACUGUUUUUACAACUUUUUUAUUUUUUGUCUAGGAAUGAGCAAAUUUGUAUGUAAAUAUCUGAAAUAUCUGCUAACCAGUGAUAAAAGACUGCUGACAAAAGAUCAGAUCGCAGAUUUUCAUUUAACAUCCAUUCAAAAAUUAAUGUUUUAUGGCUUAAAAUAUUACGAAUGGUUUAAGAAAAAAGCUGAAAUAUUUUUUGUGAGCAAUCUUAUGUAUCAAUGGUUUGCAGAUAUUUAUGCAAAAAUUGGCUCAUUUUACAACGUUCAAUCUGUGAGAGUGCAGCUUUAAAGGGUUACAUACAUGUACAUUAUUUAGUUUUUGUUAAGGAUAUUUGAUUAGAGAUUGAAUGUUUUAGUUUAUCUGUGUAUGAAAAAAAUAUGAUUCAGACUUUACUAUUAUCCGCAUACUGACCAUAUGUUUUUCUACACAACUGAACCAAAAAGUUCAUUCUUUGAAUGAAAAGAAAUAUUCUAAAAUAUUCAAAAUUUAUUUAUAUUCACACUCAUUAUUUGCAAGUUUCUUUCGGAUAAUCUUACUACAAUGCAGAAAAAAUAAGUUGCCAUGCUAAUUGUAUGAAGUAUAAUAUUAUAUUUGACUUUAGAAUGGUGGCAUUGCCAAUGAAGUUUAUUGCAGGUGUUUAUAAAUAUAUGUUGUUAUCCAGGUGCUUUGCAAAGCUUGCUUAUGACUAUAAUUUCCCCAUUGAUAGUUAAGUCAUUUAGUGUGUCAUUUGAAGGUUAACUUCAACCAUUCAUUUUGCAAAAAAGUUAGUUAAAUAUUUACUAGUGUACAACUGCUGCUGAUUGAUUAGAAGUACAGUAUAAGGUAGGAUUUAGAAGUUGAAGCACGAAGAGACUUGAAGCAUCAAACAAUCAGAUAUGUGAGUGUGUUUUUUUCCAACCAUAUUUGGAAUGGUGGUGUUCGGGCCUUUUUACUUGAAAAAAAAAAUCGUCUUUUGACCAAAAUUGCAAACUCAAGAAUGUUUGCUUAGAAAUAAAUGUCAUGAAGUUGUUUCUAUAAGAAUACAAAAACUCUUCCAUACACAAAUGAUUUGAGGUCUGAUUGUUUUAUAAAAAAAUCAAGAAAAAAAAUAUUAAUAUAUUUGGGGGAAAAAGAAUGUUUUAGCACAAGGUAUGGGGCCAAAAUUCAGCCUAAGAUUGGUGAUGAUAUAUCUAUAUAUGGGUCAUAGCUUGGCCGACCACAAUCUACAUAGCCCAGAGCUCUUAUCCCCCUUAAUGCACUAAAUUAUUUCGCUAGUUUAUGUGAAAAAACCUUUUACCUUAGUGGCUGAUAUUACCCAAGUGAAUGUGUACAUAUUACUAGCUAUACAUUUUAGAGAAGGUCUUCAAAUAUUAUUGUGCAAAAGUAGUGCAUUUAUGAAGCCAGACAUUACCAUCACCUUCUGUAUUUUUAUGUCAUGGAACCAUCAGGCAUUUUAACCCCACAUCUGUAUUCAGUAUUCAGCAUCCAUAAACAUUCCACAAUCAGCACUGUUACCUUCAUUAUGCAGUGAAUUAUGUACCUUAGCUUACAAAUGUAUUAUCAAUAGCUGUAUUUUUUGUUGUCCAGCAUAUUUAUUUAUCCAGAUCUUUGAAUGUCAUAUUGCAUGUUUGCAUUUUGUACAGUGACUGCAAUGUUUGCACUUGUUUGAUCAAAUGUUUGAUCAAACUGUCAAAACAGUGUUCUUUUUUAAUUAUUUUUACAAGAUGUUUUAGAUGCAGCUAAAACCAAUUGUUUUUAUACAGUCAAAACUCCUUGGCACAAUAUCCCAGAGACCGGCUCAAAAUACUUUGAAUUUCGACUCUGACAAAGGGGAAAACAAAAUCGUCUUUACAUCCAUUUUAAGCCAACAAAGAAAUCGAGCCAAGUGAUAUCGAGCCAAUGUGUCUAGACUGUAUGUGAAUUUGAUCUAUUAUUUUACAUGAAAGAACUUGCAUUAUUGCCAAUAUUGUCCUGUAUUUCUUAUCUUCUUGACCUUAAAUUAUUACUAACAAACUUAAUCAUGACACCUCCACCUUUACCAAACUGUUUCAGCUACAUCCUCUGUGUUUUGGUCUUUUUGACAUUUUGACAUAAAAUAAAGAAUAGUAUUUGACAACCAUUAGAUAUGCAGAUGAAAGACCUAUAUAUAUAUAUAUCAGGGCUCGACAUUAACCACUGCCCGAUUGCCCGGGGCAAGUAAUUUUUGCAGUCGGUCAGUAACUUUUGCUAUCAACCUGCCCGAUCGGGCAGUAAUAACUUUUAAUGGUUAAAGUAUUUUUCUGUAAACAAGUCGAUUGCAUUAUCAAUUGAGUGUAAGUUUGUUUGUUUACGUUCGUUAAAAGUUGGUUUCCCAGCAAUCUGUAUAACAAAACAGCAUUACCUCGCUUUAUGACAUCAUUAGUCUUAUCCCCCUCUGGAGAGAAAUGAAUUGAUUGUCGGAAUUUCCCAUGAUUUUGCGUAUUGGCGGGAAAAGUGAUGUCAUUAGCUUCAUCCCCCUCUGGGGCGAUAUUGCCCAAAUACGAGGCAAAUAUAUUAAUGGGUAGAAGAUGAACAGGAUUUAAAAAAGAUGAAACACUCUUCUUUUGCCAAUUGUCAGUUCAAUUUAAAAAAGUUUAGUCCAGAUAAACAAUUGAAAUCUAUUUUUUUCAACUUUACACUUAAAAUUUAUUUAUAGAUAUUAAAACACAAGUGAAAGUAGAAACAUUUUAUUCUCAAAAACUGGGACGAAUAUCUUACUCCCAGACGAAAAUUAAAUGCAGUGCAAGUACUUUUUUCUUGCAAUAAUUAUCACAAAAAAGUAUUGAAAAUCAAUUUAAUAUGUUAAAGGACGAGUAUUGAUUCUGUACAUACCGGGUAUAUUAUUGAGAACUUGGAAACUAAAACUACUGUAUAAAUAUGAUGCUGAAAGUUGGGGCUGAUUGUUUUCUUUAUUUUUAUAAGACAGUAGAUGUUCAAAGUGGUCACCAGUAGACUAGAAUUUUGUGUUUACAAUGCCUGAAUUUUUUAUGCUUGACCCCUGUAUGAGUUGACUCACAAACAACCGCUGGUUAAAUGUGAAAAUAUUGUAGAAAAAAAUAUGUCUUAAGAAAUCGGGCAAGUAAUUAUUUUAUUCGGGCAAGUGAAAAUGGCUUGGUGGUUGCCUUCGGGCAACCAAGUAUAAAAAUAAGCGUCAAGCCCUGUAUAUAAAGUAAUUGAAAUUGAUUUUGACAUUUUAACAUAAAGAAAUAAAAAUAUAUGUUAAAAAAACGCCCCUGUAGUCUAAAAUAAUUGUGUCGCCCCAUUUUGGAGUAGGAGACAUGUUAAAGUUGUGCCUGUCUGUCACAAAGUUUGCCUCUGAGAAAUCUCCAAAACUGUUGGAGGGAUUUUAUUGAACUUUCUAGCAAUAAUAAGUACCAAGCCUAGUUGUGCAUGACUAACAGCACUUUGCUUGGAUAAUAUCGAUAGACAUAACUUAUGCGCCCUAGAAAACGGUCUUCAAGUCUAACCAAAUUUUAUUGAAGCAGUUUUGAAUGUUUUUUAUGGGACUGUCAGAUCAUUUCUUUUAUAAGACUACCUUUUACAACACUACUUUUGUUUUAAGUCUUAUCAUACAUAUUUUAAAGGAACUCACCAACACUCUUAGGGUCAGAUAUUAAAAAAACAAAACGAAAACAGAACAUUUUAUGUAAACAAGUAGUUUUAACAAUGGUGUAAUGCUAAAACAUGUCCAAACAACAUAUCUUUUGUUUAUACUUUAUAUGAAAGUUUUAUUUUUAUUUUUUGGGGGAAAAAUGUUUGUAACGCUGUUGACAAUGAAUUUAUGAUUAUUUUAUUAAUUUGGUCACUAACUGCUGGAUGCUCAUAUGAAAUAACCUAAUUUACCCAAAGAUUAAAAAUGAUAGUCACCAAGAGGCCUUUUAAACACUGCUUCAUUUGUUAGAACUACUCAUACUUAUUUUAAGGUGUGUUUUAUAUUUAUGUUUUUCAAACACUGCUUUCUGAACACUAUAAUUAUAAUUAUAUUCAUAGCACUUCUUUUAAAUCUUAACCUAUUUGCAUAAAAUAACUUGUUUCAUGUCAAGAAUUAUUUGUAACACUACAUAUUAUGUCAAAUUCGCAGAUCUACAGAAAUAUUUGAUUCAAAACACUACUUUCACUCUUGUGCACAGUGGUCAGAAAUUGGCUCAGGGAGAGCAAUAUUUGAUAAACGUAUAGAGAGCUGAUUUUUCUACAUUUGUUACCCAGUGCAUGGAUUUCUUUAGUAUAAAAUCCUAGGUUUUCAUUAGAAUCACAAGAUUGUUUCUUUCAAACAACUUCUUGUUUUAUUUUUACUUGUUACAUUACUCAAAAAGCUCAUGCAUGUCUUUACUUCCACAAAACCUCUUUCAACCACCUUUUCAGUUUUCUACAAACUUUCAUUUGAUCUAUUGGCUUUGAAUAUAUUUUACAGACCUUACUGUGAAUUGUAAUGCUGUAUAAAAUUAAUAUGAAUUAUUAUGUUCACUGUUUAAUAAUUUUAACCAUGUUUGUUAAAGUCUGCAUUGCUUGUUUAUGUAUACAAAACUAAAAUACAAUUAAAAUAA